UUGUGUAUGAUGAAGAGUUACAGGGUAGGGAUGAUACUGCACUCUUGAGUAUGGAGGGCAGCGUGACGAACGCAAUCAACGGAGCAAAAGACAUGUGGAUCCUAACGUUCAAGGAAUCAGAGGGCGACAUGGAAACCAGCAUACUUCUAGAUAACUUCGAUCCAGCAGUUGACGAGUUACCCGACGCAUAUGACCUCGGUGACCUCUCCGCCUUCGGUGCGUACAGCCAGCGCUACCUUCAGAUGUUCAGCUACCGGUACAUGGAGAUGAGGCAGUCGGUAUCGCUCCGGGCCAUCUUCCCAGACUGCGGGACCGCGGUCUACUCCCUGCGGCUCAACGAGCGCUUCACCCUACGAAGGAUCCCGUUCUUCCUGCUAGCUUGCUGGGAAAUUGAAUUUACAGAAUUUAUCAUCGUCCCAGUCCCUUGUUUUGAAAUCGUCACCAUCUGUGGCAUAAGAGUGGUCAUACCUGUGAUCAAAGUCAUAAUCAUACGGCGGACAUACUGGUUCGGGGUUUGGGUCUUCAUUCCACUUCCAGCGAACUGCCCCCCACAACCCGCACCAGGGUUUGGUGCGGUCCGUGUGCGUUGUGGACGACUACGGAUCUUUAGGCCUUGGAACUGGAUAAAAGACGUUUGUGUCUACACAUGUCUGCCAGGUUGGAAUCGUUGGACGGGCUCGUAUGUUCGGUGGUGUCGCAACGUCAAACCAUGCGACUGUAAGGAGAUCCAUGACAUGGACCCGACCCUGCCCAGUGGAAUCUACAUGAUAUAUCCAAGGGACAACCAGCCAGGGUUCCUGGUGUACUGUGACAUGGAGACUGACGGAGGAGGCUGGACGGUGUUCCAAAGGCGGCAGGAUGGCUCGGUUGACUUCUACCGCGGCUGGGACGACUACAAACGCGGCUUCCCAUCCGACAACAUGACCGGUGAAUUCUGGCUUGGAAACGACAAGAUUCACCGCCUCACAGUGCAGCCACGGAAGGACUACGCGUUGAGGGUGGACAUGGAGGCCAACAAUGGAACCACGGCAUACGCGGAGUACAACUGGUUUGGUUUGGCCAAUGAGGCGAAUAACUACAGGGCCGUCAUUUCAGGCUACUCCGGAACCGCAGGGGACUCUAUGCUCUCAACAACAGCAGGUCUCAGUCUAAAUGGAAUGGACUUCAGCACCUACGACGAUGACAACGAUAAUUUGGCUGAUGGAAGUUGUGCCGUCCGGUUCCACGGCGCCUGGUGGUAUAAUGCAUGUGGUGAGUCCAACCUGAAUGGAAUGUAUGGUAGCGAGGAGUAUGAGAAGGGUCUCGUUUGGAAAACGUUCAGAGGGUUGCGCGAAUCUCUGAAGUUCACUGAAAUGAAAGUGCGACCCCUGACAGAGACCCCUUGA